AUGUUUUCAGUCCAUCACAAGAAGAAGUCUUUGAAGCAUACGCAUAAAAACAAGCUUAAGAAUAUUCCUGUUGAAACGGUUGAGACUUUUGUUAAAAAUACAGUUAAAAACUCUAAAUCAAAGAAAAAUGCGAGGAGUGAAGACUUUAUUCCAAAAUCUAACGACCAUUUAAGGGGGUCCACUGUGUGUAUUCUUAUUAAGGGUCUUCCACUAAACGUUAAAAUUCAAAAACUAAAGAAGGAUCUCUGUGUUUCUCCGAAAUCUAUUAAUCUAUCAAAGAAGGAUGGACAAAGAAGUGCUCUUGUUAUGUUCAAAUCUGUCGGGGAUUGCUGUGAAGCCUUUGAUGCCCUUAAGGGUUAUUCCUAUGAAUCUCAUUCGACUACAGUGACUUUUGUGAGACCUCGAUCAGUGGUUGAUAAGGAAAAUACUCUCACUCCAACUUGUUUUGAUUAUCUUUUGGAUGUUACAAAUGUCCCUUUCUACUUGACAUCAGAGGACCUAAAAAACAUAUUUCCCAAGGCUGAAGCCAUUAUCCAGCGCUGCCGGCAUGAUAGGUCAUUUAAAGGGUCAUGCAUUUUGUCCUUUACAUCAAAAGGAGAUUAUGAUGAAGCUGUUAACAUCUGCAAGGAGAACCCCGUAGAAGGCAGAGAAAUGACCUGUGCUCCAACAACUUCGGAGGUUUGUAAAGCUCUGUUGGAAGAACUUGCAUCACAGUCCAAUAAACACAAUGGUAACAAAGAGGGCACACAGCUGAAAUUAUUCAAUUUACCUUACGCUAUCACCAAGGAGGAACUGAAGAAGUCCUUCCCUCAAGCCCGUCAUAUUUUCUUACCAACCUCUAAAGGUAGAGAGCCAACUGGUAUCGCUAUACUGACGUUUAAAACGGCAUUGAUUUGUAAAUCAGCGCUCGAAAAGGCAAAGAAGACCGAAAUUCAAGGUCGUAAACUGCGAGCAGAAAUCAAUUCUCUGAAGCCAAAUGACAAGAAGAACAGGAAGGGGAUAUCUUCUCAAGGCAAGGGCAAUAAAAGCAAAUUCAGCAAAGACAAGACUGGUAAAAACCGUCGUAUGAAGCCCAAGAUCGGGAAGUUGAAUGAAGGAGAGUUGAAACUGAAUUUGGACUAA